AUGUCGACGAAGAUUCUUACCGACGAUAGCAAUUAUAUCAGCGACGAUAGUGACAAAUUUAUAGAAGAAUUUGACAAAGGAGCGCGCCACUCGAAUUGCAAUAGGGCCCUUGCCCUUGUGACGGGCGCUCCCGUCUGCCACGUAACAGAAUUAAUAUUAAAUCUACUGAAUAUUGAAUUUUUGAUGUCUGUGAAACAAAUAACAAAAUUUGAACGAUUGAACAAUAUAUCUAUUAAUGUGUCUAGCAUUGAAAAGAAAGCAAAAAUGGAAAAUCAGACUCAAAAUUUUUCCGAUACGUCUCACAGACCGGACAGUCCGUGGAGUAUGGUGGAUACGACAGAAUUUCCCAGCUUAUCUCUGCAAGUUUCUGAUGAGUCCCCAAAUCUGUGUUUGUACUACUUCUAUUUGGAGGAGAAACUGAUGAUUCAUGCAGCAGUUUGUCGAGAGAUAAAUGAUUGCGCUAUCCUGUUACGCGACGAGGACAACAAAUGGCUCAGUUUCGGCAACCACAGCAGAGAAGAGCGGACCCCGUUUGUAGUAUAUGCUGACCUGGAAUGUAUGCUGGAGAAGAUUGCGAAAGGCACCUCAAACGAAUACACUUUAUAUCAACAUCACAAGAAGACCGGAGAAGAAGCGCCUGUCAACGGAAAGAAAAUCGAUAGACUAGCAACAGAAUUAUACGAGUCAGCCACUAACGGUACAUUGGAUACCCCGGUAGAAAAGAGAGCUAUACACGAAUAUUUUAAAUGUCAAGCGCUAAUUAAUUUCCAACUUGGGCUGAAUGUUAAGCUGCAAAUCAUAGUACGACACCGAGCUCCUACUACGCUAGCUAAAGCUAUUGCUGGAGCAAUGGAUGAAGAAAAGGUAAAAGGGUUAACGAACCACAAUAAUAAUCGGGAAACUGCACUCCCAUAUAACAGUCGACCGACGACAUAUCCGCGCAUUCGAGAAAAUGUUAGACCUCUGACGUGUCACAAAUGCAACAAUACAGGACAUCUAGGGAAAGAUUGUCACUUCAGCCGUUACGCGAAACGAUACACCCUACCAAAAAUAAGUAAACGCACUUGCGUAAACACGAUGGAAAAAUAUUGA